GGAGGUCAGCGGGAUUGGGCGGCGCCAGCGCAGCGUCCCGGUCCGCAGCAGGGAGUAGCCGCCCUGGUGUCAGCAGCGACCGCGCGGCCCCUUGCGAGUCCCCGGCAGCCCGGCCUGGGCGCUCGGCUGCAGCCUCCUUUCAGAAUGAAGAUGUGGCUCCUUAUAAUUGUGGCAUGUUUGAUCCAAGAAAUUGUAAGUUCAGAAGCAUUUGUCAGAAGAAGAAGAAGAAAUGUGGAUCCUGAAACAUCUAUGAAUAUUAGUGAAAUUGUUACCUACAGAGGCUACCCCAGUGAGGAGCAUGAAGUAGUGACUGAAGAUGGAUAUAUCCUUAGCAUUAACCGAAUUCCUCAUGGGAAGAAGAGCCAUGGGACGAAGAAGGGUCCCAAGCCUGCUGUUUUUCUGCAGCAUGGUUUGCUUGCAGAUGGUAGUAACUGGAUCACAAAUUUGGACAACAACAGCCUGGGCUUCAUGCUGGCAGAUGCUGGCUUUGAUGUUUGGAUGGGAAACAGCAGGGGGAACACUUGGUCCAGAAAGCAUAAACACUAUACAGUGAAGCAAGAAGAAUUCUGGGUUUUCAGUUUUGAUGAAAUGGCUAAAUACGACCUUCCUGCCACUAUAAACUUUAUUGUGAAUAAAACUGGACAAGAGAAAAUCUAUUACAUUGGCCAUUCACAGGGUACCACUAUAGCUUUCAUCGCAUUUUCAACUAUGCCAGAGCUAGCUAAGAAAAUAAAAAUGUUUUUUGCAUUGGCACCUGUAGCCACAGUCAAGUUCUCCACUAGCCCUCUGACAAAACUCGGAGUGCUUCCAGAGCUGCUGCUCAAGGAUAUGUUUGGAAAGAAGCAAUUCCUUCCCCAGAAUUCAUUGCUGAAGUGGCUUGCCACUCAUGUUUGUACCCACCGAUUACUUGAUGACCUUUGUGGCAAUUUCUUCUUUCUUAUAUGUGGCUUUGAUGUGAAAAACUUAAACAUGAGCCGAGUCGACGUGUAUUCAACACAUUGCCCUGCUGGGACAUCUGUACAAAACAUGAUCCAUUGGAGCCAGGCUGUUAAAUCUGGGGAACUCAAAGCUUAUGACUGGGGAAGCAAGGCUGAAAAUUUGGUUCACUAUAAUCAGUCUACCCCUCCAUUCUACAAAGUAAAAGAUAUGACUGUGCCAACUGCACUGUGGACUGGUGGACAUGACUGGCUUGCAGACUGGAAGGAUAUUGGCAUAUUGCUCACUCAAGUAACUAAUCUGAUUUACCACAAACACAUUCCUGAAUGGGAACAUCUGGAUUUCAUCUGGGGUCUCGACGCACCUCAUCGCAUGUAUAAAGAAAUCAUUAAAGAGAUGAGCGCACAUCUGUAAAGCUGCCUGGGCGGUGUGGGGUUAAAAUCUUGCUAAAUGCCUCUCUUGGAAUGUGUGGUGUUGUCUUGGAAAUAGCACCACAUCUUUAUUUAUAAUGCCUUUAAAAAUGCCAAUAAUGGCUACUGGUUUGGAUUAAUAUCUAUUUUUGAUGUAAACAGUGUUAUUUCUUUCACCCUUACAUUCCCUUUGCUAUCCUGCUGGCUUCAUGCAAUGUGGUAAUACUGUCAGAAAACAGUAAUGUGCCUUUGCCUAGAGGAAAUAUUUUAAAUCCAUGUAGAUUUAUUGAUACGUUUAAAAGACAAAUUAACCCACUUUGCAUGUCAGGAGCCUGAAAGUUCAAAAGAUAAGCACUUGCCCCUGAAUAAAAUAUUAACAUUGAUUUGAAAAUCAAAUACAGUUGAACCUCAGAGUUACAAACACUUGGGAUUGGAGGUUGUUCGUAACUUUGAAAUGUUUAUAACUCUUAACAAAACAUUAUGGUGGUUCUUUCAAAAGUUUAUAACUGAACAUUGACUUAAUACAGCUUUGAAACUUUACUAUG